GGCUCAGAGAAGAAUCUCUUGACAUGGAGGAUGCUUUGGAUGAGUGGAGGACUGUACUCCUGUACCCGCGAACUGAUGGAGCUGAGGAAAAUGCUUCUUUUCUUCAGAGGAAGGUAUGUGUUUUCCUCAGAUGUUUUUCUUUUCAUCCUGUUCGAUACCGUGGCGUUGCUCUCAACAUAAAGGAAAUCAAUGGAAGUUUAGAUAAGAUUGCUGAGGAUAAAGUUAGGUAUCAGUUAACAAGCAUGCCAGUCAGUAAACUGCAAAGACAAGGAGAAAGCAAAUCUUUUAUUGAUGAGUCGAGCUUGCUUGGUCGAGAUGAUGUCAAGAAUGAAAUAAUCAGCCAUUUUUUGAGUGAGACUAGCAAAGAAGAAGAGGGUAGCCCAAUCCAAACCAUCUCUAUAGUAGGGGUAGGAGGUGUUGGGAAGACUGCUGUCGCCCAGCUGGUCUACAAUGACGAAAAUGUCAAACGACAUUUCACUUGUAGAGUCUGGACAUAUGUUUCAGACAUUUUUGAUGAGAGCAAAGUUGCAAAAUCAAUCAUUGUUGGGCUUCAGGGCCUAGAUAAACAAGCAAACCUCAAGUUGGAGUCAGUUCCAUUAGAUGCUCUCUUAGAUGAAAUUCGCAGGUCCAUAAAGGGAAAGAAGUACCUUCUUGUUCUAGAUGAUGUAUGGACAGAAAAAGAUAAAGACUUUGAAGGACUGAAUGCUGCUUUUAAAUGUGGUGCUCCGGGGAGUUGGAUUUUGGUGACUACACGUAAGAGUACUGUUGCAACAAUCAUGGGAAGUUCCCACACCAUUCAGUUAAAUAAUUUGAGCCAAGAGAUAUGUUGGUCUAUCAUUAGGAACAUAGCACUAAGAGAAAAGGACCAAAGGACUUGUGAGGAGUUCAAGCCAGUCGGGUUGAAAAUUGCCAAAGAGUGCAAAGGUCUGCCGCUUGUUGCAAAGACUUUGGGAGGCCUCUUGCGGUUUAAAACUGGUAUACAAGGGUGGGAGAAUGUUUUCAAUAGUGAGUUGUGGAGAUUGGAAAUGGUACAUAAAGAUGUUUUUGUUCCUCUGUUGUUGAGUUAUUAUGAUCUGCCCUCUCCAGUACGACGGUGCUUUACAUAUUUAGCUUGUGCUCGUAAAGACACGUCUUUUAAUAUCUGUCAUGUGAUUUCACACUGGAUGGCACAGGGUUACUUAGACUUGGAUGAUGAUGAUUCACCAUUAGAACUAAAAGGCUUUGAGUACUUUAAAUGCUUAGAGGCUCGCUGUUUCUUCCAAGGUUUUGAGUAUCAAGAUCAAUGUCUUGCAUAUAAGAUACAUGAUUUGGUGCAUGACUUUGCUCUCUUUUUGACAAGGGGUGAGUUUAUGGCAUUGGAGGUCUCCAAAGGUAAUACAAGUUCAACAAUGAACGGACAAAGAACACUUCGACAUUUGAUUGUGAUAAUAGAAAAGGGUCUCCAUUUUCCUGAAUUCAUUCCUAAUGCAGAAAAAUUGCGAAGUGUUCUGUGUUAUGAUGAUGGUUUUGGUCCUGCUAUCAGUGAAAAGGCCUUGUGUAAUUUGUUUAAUCAAGCUAGACGCUUAAGGGUAGUGGUUGUGUGGAUGCCUGGACAUUGUUCAACUAUUCCAGAAGAAAUAAGAAACUUAUUGCAUUUGAGAUUCCUUAACAUCAAUUCAAGCAGAAACCUUAAAAGGAAAUUUAGUCAACUUGAAGCUUCUUGAAACCAGAGGUUGCAACAAAUUAGCUUGCUACCCAAAGGAAGUUGUGAGAUUAACUCGACUUACACAAUUAUUGGGGCUCAUUGUGAGAAUUGA